GGUUUUUGGGAUGUGAUGCAAGGUUUCUUCGCUGACUGGAUCCAUGGCGUACUGAAGGCGAGGGGGAGAAAAUGCGGAUGCCACCGUUCCUUUGGAUUCUGCACUUCAUGCAUCUCACGGGAGGUCAAGAUGGCGCGAGACGAAGUGCCUCGGUGGGCAGACACUGUCCGGCAGGCUGCGCGACCUGCUCGGCCUCCAACGGCUGCCUGUCCUGCAAACCUCGCCUCUUCUUCCACCUGGAGCUGGACGGCAUGCGGCAGAGGGGCGCCUGCGUGUCCUCGUGUCCCCGCGGUCACUACGGCGCGCGCUCGCCGCACAUCAGCACCUGCGCAAGGUGCAAGGACGACUGCUCUUCCUGUUUCAGUGAAAGCUUCUGCACCCACUGCCACCCGGGUCACUUCCUGCACCGGGGCAAAUGCGAGAACCGCUGUCCAGACGGGCUGACGGCCAACGCAGUGCUGAGAGAAUGCACGGAGUGCUCUGCGGGCUGUGAGGUGUGCGUGAGGGGCGUGUGCGUGAAGUGUCGAGCAGACGCCGACCUGCUCGACGGUCAGUGCCACCUCGCCUGCCCGGCGGGAUUUGAGCCGGACUUGCAGCUCAUGCACUGCGUCCCCCAAGUGCUGGGCGGGUCGCCAGAGAAGUAGGAUGUCUUGCGUACUGCAACCUGAUGCAGUUGUGUUUCUGGCUCACUCAAAACUAUGGUGGUAGUAUGGGUAUUGGAACGCACAGUGUCUUUUUUUUCUCUUGUUACCUGCGAGUACUUUCUUAUCAUCAUCCUCAUCAUCAUCAUCAUCAUCAUCCUCAUGAUCUCUCUCCUCAUAGUGCACUUUGGGGUUGGAGGAUGGACAGUUUGGGGUCCGUGUGCUUGCAAAAGGAGCACGCAGACCCACAGGAGGGGGGCUGCGGUGACCCCGGCCCACAAUUGUCAGAGGUCAGGAGGUGUGCUAUCAGAAAGAAAACAGAGUAGGUUUUAAUAAGUUAGAGAGCAUAUGAUAGACCAUUUGUUUACAUUGCAGAGAUAUUCAACUUGUUAUGUUUUAAACUGUUUUAAAUUAAAAACUAAUGUCAAUUGUAAAGAGGUAUCAGUCUAAAAGAGUUGUCUAUGCAAUCAAGAGGAAGUUAUUAAAAGUAAUGGAUGGAUCCAAUGUAUUUAUAUGCAGUAAUUGUGUACCCAUUAAUUCAACACCUAUUUGACUGCCUGUAUGAUAAACCAAAUACAAUUGUUAACACAAUGUACAUUUUUACAAAUGUAUACAUAUUUUUGUAAAAAGAAUAAAUCUAAAUAUCAUA